AUGGCUGGGGAGAUAGUUUAUGCUGAUAUCAACAUUGCUUCUGAACCACACUCCUCAAGGCAGCUACAUCCAUCUCAGCAACUCUCUGCUCUCCAGCCUUCUCAUCAGCACCAGUUCAUUCUGUGGGCAGGAUGCAUUGGGAAUGUAAUCCUCAUGAUAGCUGUGAUAGUCUUGGCUUUGCAGUUGGAGAAUGAGAAAGGAAAAACUGUAGUGGAUGUUGGCGAAUGCAAUACCUCUUUAGACAAGUUCCAGUCUCUCAUAAGAAGCAGCCUCUGCAACCAAACCCAGAGCAGGUCCUCAGUUAAUUCUACUUGCAGACUAUACCCUGUACUCUGGCACCUCCACAGGGACAAGUGCUACUGGCCAUCAGAAGAUACUAAAACCUGGGAUGAGAGCCAACAUGACUGUGCAUCAAGGAAUUCUCAACUGCUGGUGAUCCAGGAUAAGGAGGAGAUGGAUUUCAUUAAAAACAUUAUAGAAGAUAUAAAACCGUACUGGAUUGGACUCAACCGGCCAUUGCCAGAGAAGAAAUGGGUGUGGAUUACAGGCACCCCUCUUGAUCACAGUCUGUCCACAGACCCAAACAGUAGUAACUACAGCUAUUGUGGUUCAAUAAAGAAUAAAGUCUUGCCUGAUAAUUGCAAAGCUGUAUUGCAGUGGGUUUGCCAGAAAGACUCUUUCUUGCUGUGA